GGGCCACUUGCAAUAUCGACGAACGAUGGCCGUAAACAUUACGAAGCAGAUUGGGUUUUUGAAGUAUAUAUCUAUAACUGUAACAUAAUACGAGUUGCAACAACAUUUCAAAUUUACAAAGGAUAUCAUUGUCAAUGCUAACAACCCUAUCCAGUGUUGGUACAUUGCGUAAUGUGAAAUGAUGAUGCGGUAAACUGCAAGAAGAAAAUGCGAGACUUACCUUCAGAAUCACUGGUGAACAGAACAGGACUAAUGGUUCAUGCUGAAUGAUUCAACACUCAGUUGUACAACACUCAACUAAGCCAUGGAUUCUCUAGGCAUUAUUCCAGAGUUUGACCAAAGGGCUGUUUUACAGAGGUGGCAUGAUGGCUUUCUCAACAACAAAGAAGCAUUUGAACAAGCCGUUUAUAAUCAUUUCAAUAGCUUUGUUCCGCUAGUCUAUGGUAUGAAUCUUCCCGCGGAUAGAGAAGAAAAAAGAGCUAACAAAUUACUUUUUCACCUGCUGGAGGAGUUUAUGUGUCAGGGUGACCCUGUGGAUGUGUUCCAGAAGUUACAUCACUCGGAUGAGCCGUCUCAGCUGUGUGGCCAUAACUUUAAGAAUGGAGAGCCCACCUAUUCAUGCAGGGACUGUGCGUAUGACCCAACGUGUGUGUUAUGUAUCACAUGUUUUCAAGAGAGCUCUCACAGAAACCAUAGAUACAGGAUGAGCACCUCUGGUGGUGGGGGCUACUGUGACUGUGGGGACACUGAAGCCUGGAAGUCUGAUCCUUUCUGUCAGCUUCACAAGCCAAGAAAGGAGGAAACAGAGAGUGAUAGUGGCACCAUUCCUCCAGAACUGGAGAAAAGUAUGAGCUGGGUAUUCCGGUCUGUGUUGAGAUAUGCUUCAGUUAUGCUGACCUCUGAUGAAAACACAAAUUUGCCACUGGGUUUGAACUCUAUUGGUGAUACCAGUGCUAAUGUGUACAUGUGUAUGUUGUACAAUGACGAGGUGCACACGUAUGACCAGGUGAUCAACAUCUUACAGAGAGCAGUAGACUGCAACCACAGACAGGCUUUAGAAUAUGCUACCACUGUAGACAGGGAGGGUCGAAGCUGUGUCAAGAAUGGAACUUUUGAAGAAUGUGACAGUGUCAGACAGACCAUAGAGAGAAGUACCUCCCGUCAUGGCAGCAAGGCCCUGAAGGUUGAAGUGAUGGUCAAAGAGCUGGUGGCACAUCAACAGUUUGCCCUCAAGAUACUCAGCUGGCUACAGACUGUCAGUGAUAAAGCCAGUUGGAUCAGAAAGCUGCUGUGUGGUGUCCUGAUGGAGCCUAGCACUACAUCACUCUCUGUACUGGAGGAGUUUAUAAAAGCUGAUACACAACUCUGGAAAGUUGCAAGAGUUCAAAGUCAUCAGCUUAUCAUGUCUUGUGUUUUGAAGGACCCUCCAUCCAAAAAACAAUUUUCUGUGAUAUUCACUAAGUGGUACCCCUAUAUGGUGCGCAAGUUCAGUGAAGAUGAUCAUGACCACGACGUCUCUAUGCCCAGCCUCUCUGUACAGAUAUUCACUGUUCCCAGUUUGUGCUAUUCUGAGAUGUACAAAGAGUUUUUGCAAGACGACCACUCCCGUUCCCAUUCAGUAACUCGCCUAUCUCUGCAGUUGUUUGGGACCCCUUCAUUGGCUAGGAUGUUGAUUGCAGAUCAUGAUCUCAUUACUGUCAUCACCAAAGCUUUCCUUACCGCUUGUGAGCGCAAGAAAAAUCCCCAAGGCAAACUAUCAUUUGACAGAACAGACCGUAACAAUGUCUUUAAAAGAUCUAUAUUUGUCCUACAUGAUCUAAAAUAUGCCCUUGUUUGCAAGCCUAUUGCUCCAGAGGAAUGGACCGAGCCCCUGAAAGAUAAUUUCCUGAGGGGCCUCACCACAUUUUUACAGCUGCUCUCUCUCAUACAGGGAAUGGACUCAGUGAAAAGACAAACUGGUCAGCAUUUAGAAUUUGACCCAGAGUGGGAGGGGGCUUUCACAAUACAGAUUAAACUAGAGGACAUCCUUGUGCUUUUUUGUGACUGGUGUGUUGCUGAUAGGUACCUGCUGGUAGAAGGCUACAAGGCCACUAUGGAGGCUCUUACCAACUGCAGGGAAGUUGUUACAAGAGACACAGCUUCAGUUGAUGGCUACACUGGGCAAGUGAUUAAGCAUGAUGUUUCCUCUGAUCCAAUCUCCAUACACUACCCACUCAACAGGUUCCUAGCAGCACUACACAUCCAUCUUGAGGAACAUGGACUAAGCUUCUCAUCACCAGAGCUACACAAUCCAACCUUGACCCAGAUGGCCCACAGUGUGGACGUGGCCGUGAGGGAGCCGCUGGACAUGAAAGAUCUGAUGGAACCAGGGCUGAGGAUCCAGGUCCUGCUGGCUCAGUCCCAGGCUGGCAUGUGGAGGCGCAAUGGCUACAGUCUGCAGAAUCAGGUGUUCUUCUACUCCAACCUGCGCUGUAGACAAGAGAUGUAUGACCGGGACAUUACAAUGCUGCAGAUAGCUGCAUCCUUGAUGCCUGGGGAUGAGUUCUUGCUUCAGCUUCUCAACAAAUUCAACCUAUUAAAUUGGGCAAAAAUGGAGUAUGAUAUUCCUGGUGGCCAAGAAGAUUCAGUGCGGCAGACAGUAACACUAGCAGAGGAGUUCCUCAGCCUACUUAUUAUUGUCAUGGAGGAGCGCUACACCCCAGGAGUAGGGAUGGUGACAAAGAAGGACAGCAUCAAAAGGGAGGUCAUCCACCUGCUUUGUCUGGCCCCAAUGGCUCACAGCAAGCUGACAAAGUCUUUAAAUGAAGAUAUCAACCAUGAGACAGGACUGGAUGGUGUCAUCAAUGAAAUAUCUACAUUUAAGAGCCCUCAGAAUGGAGGCAAUGGCAAGUUUGAGUUGAAGCCAGAGUUGUACAAAGAAUAUUCCCCUUACUUCUACCACUACUACAAAGCUGAACAAGCCAAGUCAGAAGAAGUUCAGCGCCAGAGAAAAAAACAGAAUGAGGAAGAUUUAGCGCUCCCCCCUCCAGUACCACCAGCAUUCACCAAACAGUUUGAGGCAGCUUUGAAUGUCCUACACUGUGAUGUCAUGAUACACCUACUCUCCAUUGUACUCAGGAGGACUGCUGCACCUAGGUCAAGGUCAUGGUCUGAGGCACAGUUUGAUAGGGUUCUGUUCAUCAUUGGACUGGCCCUCCAUGAGCAGAUCCGUGCCAUAGAAGUGGGUAACAAGUCUUUCAUCUUCCUGUCUAAAGCUAUGAGGAGUCCCAACAUGCCUGAGCACACAGAAAGCAUAUUAACUUUGUUGCAAAAUCUUGUGCACAGCCCAAACAUUAGCACUCAGGAGUCCAAAGACCUCCUAGCCUGGGUCUUAAGAAAAUUUGCCGAGGCCCUGAAGAUCCUGGAUGAACCUGUGGCCAAAGAACAUGCUGAGAGCAUCGCCAGGUGUACAGACCUGCGCUCUGAUGGGGACAGGAAAAAAAGGACUGCUGUGGCUGCUAAGAGAAGGGCCAAAAUCAUGGCCCAAAUGGCAAAAAUGCAGAGAGAUUUCAUUGCAGAAAAUGCUGAGCUGUUUGAAAACACAAGCACUGAGGUGAUUGACCAGCCUAGUGAGGUGGACAUGAUGGAGGUACCAUCAGGGGAUGAAGUAUUUGUUGCCCUUGGACCCAAUCAGACAGGUGUGAAGAUGGUUGGACCCAUCCAAGUCACCUGUAUACUGUGUCAAGAGGAGCAGCGCAUCUCAUCAUCAGGGCGUGCCAUGGUGCUCUCAGCAUUUGUUCAACAGUCAACAGUUCUAAGUCAAAAUAGAAAGCUGAGUCCAGCAUCUGAGCUGGACCCACUUUUUCCCCCCGCGGACUUGAGCAAGGGCACCCACACCAGCUCAUGUGGUCAUGUGAUGCACCAUGAAUGUUGGCAGGGGUUUUUCACAAAUAUUGUCAAUCGAGAACGGCGACGUCCAAUGAGGUUUCGCCACAGUUACAGUUAUGAUAUAGACAAGAUGGAGUACCUGUGUCCACUGUGUGAAGGCUUAAGCAAUACAGUCAUCCCCAUUGUCCCUCCACUACCUACACUUGUUAAUGAGGGGGAGAAAAAGACGCUGGAACUUCGCUAUGAUGACUGGUUAGAUGGGAUACUCAAGACUGUGGUCAACAGCAUCAAGCAGGCAGAAGAUAAAGAGUCACAAGAUGAACUGCUGCUGUUCAAGCCUUGCCCCAUCUCCACCAUCACCAGGAUGAUGGCAGAGAGUGUGGCCAAGAACUUCCAGCUCCUCUGGGAGUAUGUCUAUGAUGAUGCCAGUGGAUGUUUCUCAGAAGGAAUGAGAGAGAUGAUCAAGAAGUUUGCCAGAGAUGUUUACUCUUUUGGCCUCGGUGUUGACCCUGAUGAUGAAAACCCCAGAGUUCCAGUAAUGGCCUGGAAUACUUGUGCCUUUACUAUCCUAGCCACAGAACAAGAGCUAGAGAGAGAGAACCUGGCAGUUUUUGAAUCAACAACAGAAAGACAGUCUGCCCUGCUGGGUGCACUCGUACGUUUUGCAGCUGUCACUAGUCAAGUCAUGAAUCCUGACACCAUCAAACAGCACUGUAUCAGAUUGUUGUCAGCUCUGAUCCCUGCUGAAGCAGAGAAGCGGAACAAGACAACAGUGUGUUUGCUGGACCUGGACAUGUUUCACUACCUGGUCAUAUUGACCAUGACCUUGCCAGCCCUGCAUGCUGAGCAGCAGAGAUCUCACAUCUCAUCCUUGCCAACAGGAGGCCUCAAUGACCAGCACGCACUGCAGCUGGUCUUUACUGCCCACCUCGUACACAUAUUGCUCACAUAUGACGCUCCUAUUGAAGAAGAAAGGGAUGAGCACAACUCCACAACAGAAAGCCUGGAGUUGUUAGAUAUUUAUAAAACCUUGCGGCAUCAUGCAAAUGUGGUAGACUCAGCUGUCCCCAAUUCUACUGCACUGCUGCAGCACCUGAGGGUGGCAGCCCUGCCCUUCCUAAGGUGCAGCGCCAUCUUGUAUCAUCAUCUCACUGGUGUUGCUGCUCCUCCUGGCUUAGGCAGUAAAUCUCCCAAUGAGUUCUCUCACCUGUGUCAUUACCUGGCUCUGCCAGCCCAUCUGCCUGAUCUUUUCACAAAACAAGGAAGUACCACAAGUCAGUUAAUUCAAAGCUGGUGUUGCAGUCGUAGUGUGAGAGAGAGGUUGUCAGCAAGCAGCCAAGCCAUUGUCCACUAUCCCUUGAAGCUGAACCAGCUGAUAGAGCUGCCACAUGAUUACAGUCUGCUCAUCAACCAGGCUUCCACUUUUACCUGCCCCAAGUCUGAUGGGGAUGACAGUCGUGCUCCAACACGGUGCCUGGUGUGUGGGACCAUGCUGUGCUCACAGAGUUAUUGUUGUCAGUCAGAGCUGGAGGGCACUCAGGUGGGCGCUGCCACAGAACACGCAUUUUACUGUGGGGCCAACAGCGGCAUCUUUCUAAGGGUGCGGGAGUGCCAGAUCCUCUUGUUGUCCAACAAAAUCCGAGGCUGUUUCCUGCCGGCACCGUAUUUGGACAUGUAUGGUGAAACAGAUCAACUUUUAAGGAGAGGUAACCCACUGACUCUGAGUUUAGAAAACUUCCAGAAUAUUCAGAAGAUCUGGUACCAACACAGUAUUCCACAAACUAUCUCUCGUAGCCUCAAUGGGGAGUCUGCCAGCACGUUUAUGAUUGAGUGGCACAACUUGUAGAGUCACCACUGGUGACAGGCAACAGGUUGUGGCAGUGUCACCACCUGUUGGCCAGCCAUGUCACCACUGGCAGUUAGCCAACAGGUUGUGCUAGUGUCACCACCUGUUGGCCAGCUGGAUUGUCCUGGUGAUACAUCGGAUAUGAGAGGUGUGGAUGGGUGUCAGUUGUGUGUGGGUGUGACCAGUGGAUACAAGUUGGAUUAGACUAACCUUCUCUGAUAUUGAGAUUAUGCAGUGGAAGUUUCCAGAAAAAACUUUGUGUACAGAGGAAUGUUGCAAUUUUUUUUACCCUAAGUAGAAUUGUGCAUAUUUCCUACUCUCUUUAAAGUGGAUUAUUGCAUUUUUUUAGCCCAGUUUAUUUGUUAUUUACCUACUCAGUAUAUAGUAGAAAAUGGGCAAUUUAAUUAUAUAUAUAUAAAGGUUACCGCCAGCCAGUGCCAGGUGUGUACAGUCUGUCAGUGCCAGGUGUGUUCAGCCUGUCAGUGCCAGGUGUGUUCAGCCUGUCAGUGUCAGGUGUGUACAGCCUGUCAGUGUCAGGUGUGUACAGCCUGUCAGUGUCAGACACAUGUACGCCUGUCAGUGCCAGAUGUGUACAGCCUGUCAGUGUCAGAUGUGUACAGCCUGUCAGUGUCAGACACAUGUACACCUGUCAGUGUCAGGUGUGUACAAACACAUGUACACCUGUCACUGAUGAGAAAUUGUAUUGAUCAGACCCAACAAGGCAAUGUGUCUAUGUGAGGACAGCAGCCUUCCCAUCUCUAUGUAACCUUCUGCUCCUUCUAUAGCAUUGCUUUCUCUUUCCCACAAGUUUGGCAGAUCCCUUGGUCAACAAAUGGAGCUCUCUAGCAAAUUUUACACCACAUUUCUAUGUUCACCCCCCAGUCCCCCUAGGUUUGUGUUAACUUACUAUGCACAUAUGGAAUAAAACUGGCAGAGAGACAGAACAAAUGGGGACACAAU